UUGUCUUGCCCGACGGACUUGCGAUCACCAAGAAAAUACAAGUGUCCCAUCAGAAUCGUUCCAUAGUGAUAACGGUGAUGCUCGUAUUUUGCUUCGGUGCUUGGAAAUGUUUGUGUUUUGAAUCUUCACUCUCGGACUUCUAUCUGCUAUGCCCGCACUAGCGAGUAUAUUUUUGUGUGACCUUUGCCAUCAUACGAACUGAUAGUACCUUUGGGAAACGAUUGCUAAGGCUCCGCUCCGUGCUUAACGGUCGAUUGUGCUGUUUAUUUGUGAGUGAGAAGUGAAAGUGAAACGUUCUUUUGUUAAUUAAGCCAAUACUCCGAUCUUAUUUUGGGCGUGUAAGGAUGCAAGGCCUUAUUUCUCGGCAAGUGUUGCGAACGGCACGCAACGGAGUACCGUCUUUGGUCGCACCAUUAUCACGAGCGUUUUCGUCCAAUAAAACAACGAGUAAGACGGCUCUCUACGAGUUUCAUCAAAAACAUGGGGGAAAGUUAGUCGAUUUCGCUGGAUAUUUGUUGCCGGUGCAAUAUAAUGACCAGAGCAUUAUUAAGUCACAUCUGUACACACGCGAGAUCGGAUCGAUCUUUGACGUUUCACACAUGCUGCAAACCUACCUGAGAGGAAAAGACGUCAUCCGAUGCUUUGAGACUAUCUGCACUGCGGACGUCAAAGGAUUGCGCAAUGGAAGUGGAACGCUUACGGUUUUUACCAACAGUUCCGGAGGAAUUAUAGACGAUCUGAUCGUGAACCGUGUGGCUGAUGAUGUGCUGUAUGUGGUAUCAAAUGCCUCGCGGAAAGAGGUAGACAUGGCGAACAUUAGUGACGCGGUAUCCUCGUGCAAGGCGAAAGGAAUGGACGUGUCGGUCGAAUUCUUAUCCUCCGAUGACCAGUCUUUACUCGCUGUUCAAGGACCUAGCGCUGUAGCGACUCUGCAAAAAUUGUGCACGAAGGACUUGUCUCGACUGUUUUUCAUGAACAGCACUACGGAUUCAAUUGCAGGAGUAGACAAUUGUCGUAUAACACGCUGCGGCUACACAGGGGAAGAUGGUGUUGAAAUAUCGAUUCCAUCUGCGAAUGCUGCAGAUAUUGCAACUGCAUUGCUCGACCCUAGCUAUGGAAAUCUCAAACUGGCUGGAUUAGGCGCGAGAGAUUCCCUGAGGGUAGAGGCUGGACUCUGUUUGUACGGAAACGACAUCGACGAGACAACAACACCAGUAGAAGCUAAUCUAUUGUGGUUGGUUGCCAAGACCCGUCGAAGUGAGAAUAAUUUUCCAGGCAGCGACAAAAUCAAUGCUCAGAUAAAAAACGGCGUCACUCGCCGAAGAGUUGGCUUUAAGAUGGACUCGGGAGCCGCACCAGCCCGACAACAUGUGGAAAUUUACAACAACGAGCAACAGAAGGUCGGCGAAAUAACCAGCGGCUGCCCCAGCCCAUGCCUACAGCAAAACAUUGCAAUGGGUUACAUUCGGGAGGAAUAUAAAAAACCCGGGACCGAAAUAACGCUGAAAGUACGCGAUAAGCAUUACCACAGCAGCGUCGUGAAGAUGCCUUUCGUUGCGACACACUAUUAUCAACCGCCGAAGUAGAGGGAGCUAUUGCACGAAGCGAUCGAACAGCGAUGAAUAAACAACACAGUUUUGAAUGAGGCGACUUUUAUUCUUGUUUUUCUUACGUUUCAUUUAAUCAUAUUACAACGAUAACCAAAGUUGAGAUAAACUCUUCAUGAAUGUGUUAGAAGCCACUUGAAUAAAACUGAAUUAGAAUUAUCAAGUAAGAUACGAUUGCUCCGACGAUCUGUAUAGAAAUAGAAUUCUGUUCAACAACCAGUCUUUUAUUUCUUCGGUAGCAACUAUAUACUUACGGAGAAUGCAAGUUUCCAGUUCAAAUCCAUUGGCCCGAAAUAUAAGGUUGGAAUGGGUUUUGAAUUGAAAAAAAACAGAACUACUUUGAAUGUACUUUUUAAAUUUUAGUUCCUUUGUGUUGAGGAGAAGAUGAAACG